AUGCCUCUCCAUAUCAUUGAGAACGAUGAUCCCGAAACAGCUGCUUGGGGAGAACUUCCAUUAGAAGUCUACUUCCUCUCUGAGUGGGAAAAACCCCAUCCGGACCCCUCACAAUCCAACGAGUCCCCCGCAGACCGUCGCAAACGACUUUUACGCCAAUUCCUCGCAUUGGGAUCCGAAGGCAGAGAGCCCUACUGGCCAGGGGAUUCACCAGCUGUACCCACUGAAGCCCAAAUAGACGAGAUUCUUCGGCCGAUACGCCCCGAGGCACUACGCACCUACGCUUGUAAUACCGUGGCGGAAAAGGGCCUUUGGCUUCGUCUUUGCUACACUAAUGAAGAGGCUCACAACUCUUUAUGGGCCGACAAUGAAGAGGCAGAAUGGGUUUCCUACGAUGGAGUAGUUCUCGACGACGAAAGUAUCUUUGGUGGUCUGGAUUUGGCAGCUGCUCUGGAAAUCUUUCCUGAGCGUGUCACGAAUGAGUCUGUCGAUAUUGAGCUUAGAGACAACGAACUCAGAGAAAUAGUAGCUACCCAGCGAGAAAGUCCAGAUCCUAGUGUAGAAAACUACUCUGAUGAGCUGAAGGAGGAAUUAGCACGAGGAAAGACAGAACGAGAAGAGAACCCUCUUUUAAGGUAUGGCGAGUGUGUUGUUACUCAUAUCUACGUGGAGGAUGAGGUGGCAACCAACGGUGGAGGUUUAUUGAAUGUGUUUUUAGAUGAUUGUGGAAAUGUGGUGAGGCAGUGGCGGGUGCACAAUGAUGGAUCGGAAGAUAAUUAUGAUGGCACCUGGUUUGAGCGUGUUUGGAAAGACGACUUUCUAUCCCCCGUUGGAGAAAUUGGCCCUGCUUAUCAUGAGGGUGGAAGCCGAGGUCCCCCAUACACUAUUGGAAGUCCCGGAGCUGUUGGGGAGUACGUGUAG